CCGUCUUUCUUCUCCGGCUGACUUCCGGUUCAAUUUCAAGACCAGACCAGAUUCCUCCGCACAUUUUUCGACUGGGGUUCCUUCGGUCUUUAGCUCUUAUAGCGUUGGAAUCAAGAAAUUCAAAAGAAAAGAUGACGAGUGAGAAUUCCCAAAUCUAUCACGAGAGGCAAAGGCUUCAAUUCUGCCUCUUACACUCCCUUAACAAUCUCUUUCAGCAGCAAAAGGAUACAUUUACACGAGCAAGCUUGAAUGAGAUUGCUGACAUUCUUGUUGUUGAUGAGACGGAGAAGCAAACAUGGACACCACUAUCUGGACUCUUCAAGCCUCAUCACAAUACACUCACCGGAAACUACGACAUAAAUGUUCUAUUUGCGGCUUUGGAAGGGAAAGGGAAGACUGUGAUUUGGCAUGAUCGUAGAAAUGGAGCUUCUUCCAUUGAUCUAGAUGGGCCUGAAGAUGCUUUAAUGGGGAUUGUGCUCAAUAUUCCUGUUAAGAGAUUUGGUGGGAUUUGGAGUUGUAGGCAUUGGGUGGCACUAAGAAAGAUUAAUGGAAUAUGGUACAAUUUGGAUAGUGAUCUUGUUGCUCCCAAAGCUUUUGAAGAUGCUGAAGAAGUUAAAGGCUUCUUGGAUUCCAUGAUUGCGCAAGGUGGGGAACUUUUGCUUGUUAUGAAUGGUAAACAGUGAUUUCAGUUUUAUUGAGAUUUUGCAAUUGUGUAUGCGUGUUAGAACUCUGUUUGUACAUGUUGGGAUUUAGAUGCAACACUAAGUGCCUUUUUGGAAUAUGGGUUCAAAACAGUAGUUUGAACCAGAGUUCGAAUUUUGUAAGGGAAAACACUGUAGUAGGUCUUUUCAAAUUCAAUUUUUUGUGAGAGAAAAUACUAUUUAAACUAAAACCAGGUGAGUUUGAACCCAUAAAAAAAAAGCAGCGCUAAGAAAUAUCAAUGGAAUCUAUGCAGUUUUGAUAGUGAUAUCAUUGCUCUCUAGGCUUUUGAAGGUACUGAAGAAGUUAAAGGCUUCUUGGAUUCCAGGAUUGGGGGAAGUUUUGUUUGUUAUGAAUAUCAAAGGAUGAUCCAUCAUCAUCUGCAAUUGUGUAUGCCAAACUCUGUUUUGUACAGACUGGGAUUUUUUAUGCA